GUUGCCGUCACUCACAAACAACCCACUAGAUACCAUUAACAGGUCCUUUGAUAUCUCGCCGCUUUCCUAAAACAGUGUAUUAGACUGAUACAUAUCGGAGCCAUCAUACACGCACGAUUUCACUACGAUGACGGGCAGAGUGCCAUCGAUAGCAUGCAUAGGGGUUAUUGGGAAACACAAUAAUCCACUACACAUCUCACUCUUUCCACCGGAAGAGCGAGCGCCUCUGGAGUUCCAAUUCCUGCUUUCAUCAUGCCUGGACAUCUUUGAAGCCCGUCUACCCCACAAGACAGCAGACCAGGACUUUGGACUUCUUCAGGCCGUCGAUGAGAGAUUAGCCAUGUAUGGCUGGCUGACCAACACUGGCGUGAAGAUCAUCAUUGUGGUCGACAUGGAAGGGCGACCAGCGAACAUUCUAGAUAGCAAAUCCGCGACUGCUGUUGGACUGCGGGAUGCGGACAUGAAGCCAGCAUUCAGGGCACUGCAGACAGCAUACAUCAUGCUCCUGCGAAAUCCUUUCUACAGCCCGGACGAGCACUCACCAGUUACCGCAAAAGCUGAGCAGAAGAUCGGCUCGACGCAAAUCACGAGCCGAAAGUUCAUUCAAGAAGUGAAAAGAAUUGGAGAUGCAUGGCAGCCCGGCGUUACCAAUCUAUGAGCAAGACCAGAGCUUUUACUUUCAGCAUGAUACCACGUUGCAUUUGCUGGCGUUUGGGCUCGGGCAUUGUGUUCAUCCAGCAGUUUUGCAAUCGAAACAUAGGUGCUCAAAUCGAUCUAGCAGUCCCUGAACAGAACUGUGAUGUGCCGUCGAAGGUUCGUUGACUAACUAUUCCGUCUGGAAGCCUUUCUACGUUUCUUCAUCAGCUUAAUCAUUAAACUAAGUCUUUCAACUUAGUCGUG